GGCGAGUGGAAAAAUGACAAACGCAGUGGCUUUGGUAUCUCUGAGCGGUCUAAUGGCAUGAAAUAUGAAGGCGAGUGGUUGAAUAAUAAACGCCAUGGCUAUGGCUGCACCAUCUUUCCUAAUGGGACGAAGGAAGAAGGGAAGUACAAGAACAAUAUGCUGAUCCGGGGUAUCAGGAAGCAGCUGUUCCCACUAAAGAAUACCAAGACCAAACAAAAAGUGGAUCGUGCCAUUGAAGGAGCAGUGAGAGCAGCAGCCAUCGCCAGAACCAAAGUUGAGAUUGCCAUCUCCAGGACGUCCCAUGCCCGGGUCAAAGCAGAGUGUGCAGAUCAGGCUUCACAAUCAGCCUGCCAGGAUUCUGAUAUUGCCCGAGCUGUGGCCAGGGAGCUCUCCCCAUCUUUCCAUCAGCCAGAUGGAUAGAGGGUGUUGGAGGGCCUGCAACAUGGAACACCUGUCUGACCUCCAUCCAUAGACAUUCCCAGCAGAUGUGUCCUUAUCACGUGCACCUCCAACACUCCUGCCCCAAGCUCAUGUGGGUCCUGGUGCAGUGCCUGGGAAGGCAGAACAGAGAGAUGUGAUUGCAGCACAGAAGGGAAACCAGCAUCGCGGAGCUGAGACUGGCCUCAUCCCACUCGUUAGGCGGCCGCGUCUCUCAGUCUCCUCUAGCCAUGCUGCUUGUGGAUCUCUGCCAGCAUGACUACCACCUCCAGGCUCGCUGGUCGAGGGCAGUGGACCCAUUGCGCUGUCUUCCCAGGGAACCCCUCCACGAAUUGUUCAAGGUCCACCAGCUCAAACUGCCACGCUUCCCCCUCUGAUCCCCCGGGCUGCAGCCACCACAUCAGAGAACCGCUGGGCCCAUGAACUGCUGAGUGAAGGGCCAAUACUCUGCCGACAUUGCACUUUUCCAGAAUUGCCAGCGGUCCAGCAUGGCCCGGCAGAUGUUGGGAAAGCACCGCGAUGCCGGCAGCAAGCUCAGGGCCACCAUCUAAGCCUCCCUCAAUAGC